UGAAUUUAUAUAUCAAUAUUGAAAGCGUUUAAUUAUUUGAAUUUAUUUCCCUUCAUUUAUUUAGGACACCGUAUAGAAUGACAUACGAUAUUUUUGUUAUGCAAAUUAUGUCCACUUAGUGGAGUUCGGUGCAUAGGUACGUUGACGUGUCACUCCAUUUUUGAAAGGUUCAGGAGUCAGACGCCAGUAUCGGCCUCCGCAGUUUGGGGGAAACUUUCUGUUGUUUAAUGUGAUUUAAACGUGGUUUUAUGUCCCGCCAGAAAAGAAUCGAAUAAAAUAUACGUUUAACGACGUUAUAUAUCGGUACGGCGGGAUGUGACGGUUUGUGUUCCUUCUUUCGACUAUCCAUCGCAUUCGAUUCUUUUUCCUGAUCUGGGUUAGAAGAUAGAGGGAAUUCCGGAAACAAUGGCAUCUGAGCAAGCAUCUAAGGAUCUCAAGAUCAAGCGGAGAACAGCAAAGGCGAAACUAACUAGGCUGUCGAAUGGUUUGCAACAUUUACUGGACGAUGACAGGGAUCUUGAUGAGGUAACGGAUAUGUUUAAGGAUUUGAAUGUUGCUUAUCAGGAAUUGGAGGACAGGCACGAAAGGUACUGUGAGACAAUCGUAGAUGAUGAGGUAUUCAUGACAGAGGAUGCCUGGCUAUCUGAGUGUCAGACAUCAUUUCUUGACAUGCAGAGAAAGGUUAAGGACUAUAGCAAGACUAAGCUUAAGUCUGACGGGUCAACGGAGGAUUCAGUUGUAAACAAUGCUACUCCCGAAGUUACUACCAGUAAAUCGGUAGAGGUUUCGUCAUGCAAGGUUCAGGUAGAGCGACCAAAGCUGCCUCGAUUUACUGGAGACGUACGAGACUACAUGACAUUUAAAUCGGAUUUUAAGCAUCUAAUCGAAUCGAGGUAUAGCAAGAGAGAUGCUAUCACAAUUCUGAGAUCCUCUCUAGUGGGAAAACCUCUUGAUCUCAUACGUGGUUUGGGGAACGAUUACGACUCGGCAUGGUCUCAUCUUGACAACAUUUACGGAGACCCGAGAUUGGUAGCUGAUGCUAUCGUAUAUGACUUGGGGAAGUUCCGACCUCUCAAGGAUGGAGAGGAUGGCCGAUUCUGUGACCUUGUUCAUCUUAUCAGGAGAAGUUACAACUCACUGCAAGAAGUAGGUAGGGCGAAUGAUAUGGACAACAAUCAUAUGAUUUCUUUGAUAGAGAGAAAAUUAAGCAGUGAUGAUAGAAAGCUAUGGCUGAGAUUCAUUGACCGAGAGCGAACAGAUGCAUCACUCCAUGCAUUACUUUAUUGGAUGGAACUGGAAUUGAAGACUAGAGUAAGAGCAUCUGCUCCACUUCGGGACAGUAGAAGUUCUACAAUUGGACACCUCGCUAAGAAUGACGGAAUCACGGAAAGAAAGCCCGACUUUAAGUGCUGGUUAUGUAAGACGUCUGAUCACUGGGUUGACCAGUGCAAGAAAGUUCUUUCGAAAUCCCAAGAAGAGCGAUUUCAACUGAUGAAAGAAAACAGGGCUUGUUUCAGCUGCCUCAAGAGAGCUGGUAAGGACCAUAACUUGAAGACAUGCAAGCGCAGGAAAAGAUGCAAUGAGAAGAUCAAUACUGGCGAGCAGUGUUCUUCCUAUCACCACCCUUUGCUUCAUAGACAGAUUCAGACAGGGAGUGUGGAUAUUGCCAGUAUGACAGGAACACCUGCGCUUCUGCCUGUGCUUAAGGUAAAGAUGUUGGGCCCGAACGGAAAUUAUGAAGGAAAUUGUCUCCUAGACUCGGGAGCUCAGAUGAGUCUCGUAAGAAAUACAGUUGCAGAUGAGUUAGGACUGAAAGGGAAACCCACUGUUGUGAAUGUUACCAAGGUAGGAGAUGAAAUGGAGGAAUAUAACACUAUGCUGUACAAGGUGAAAGUUCAAGGGAUUAAUCGCCAUCAGAGUUACAAUGUUUCUGCAAUAGGACUCGACGUCAUCAAUAACAGCAUUACCAGUGUUAGUAUUGAAGAACUGGGAGUAAUCUUCAACCUGAGGAAAGAUGAAAUUCACAGAGGGGAUGGGCCGAUUGACAUCCUCAUAGGAACUGACCAUUCCAAGAUGCAUGUAGGGUACACGAAAAUACAAGGGAAUCUCGUGGCCCGUCUCUCACCGUUAGGCUGGGUCAUUUUCGGGAGUACUACAGAAAACUACUCGGCAGGAGCAGUGCUUCACAUCACAGUAAACAAUUCUGUAGAUCUCAGAGAAUUCUGGACAACAGAAGGAAUGGGGGUGUGUCAUGAUCCACAGAGAUGUCAGUCCAAUAAGAUGACCAAGCUAGAAGAUGAGGAGUUUCGAGUCAUCGGUCCUUCAUGUGAGAAGAUGGAAAAGCAAUGUCUCGACCAAUAUCCUCGGCGGAAAGACCUUAGCCAGUCGCGGCAUAUUCUCCAGAAUGUGAAUGUCCGAGAUGAAGUCAGCAGAUGUGUUAGCCUGGACAAGCUGAAUGACAGACAGAAGGAAGGUCUUGACUUCCUUCGUAAAACAGGGACAGAACGGCCCGUAGAAGCAAAGCUAGAGGAAAAGCUUCAUGAGGUAGUCAGGGAAUUGCGAAUGGAGAGACCAGUUUUGACUGUACAAGAAUCAAAAUCCCAACAUAGAAUUGACUGUCAGCAAUUUUCUAACUGGAUGAAACUUGUGAGGGUGACUUCUUACGUCCUGAAGUUCAUUGGAAAGUUGAAGUUAAAGUCCAAGAGAAUGGUAGAUGAGGACGUCGAAGUCGCCAAUAGUAACCUGACACCAACUGACAUACAGAAAGGAGAGGACCAUUUGAUAAAGCGUGCUCAGGAGUCUUUGAAGUCCAGGGUAGACAAAGGAGAAAUGAAGACGCUCAGUCCGUAUAGGGAUGAAGCAGGAAUUAUUCGGGUUGGAGGGAGACUAGAUCGGGCUGAGAUGCCAUUAGCCAUGAAGCAUCCGGCUCUGCUCCCUAACGAACACUGGAUCUCAACCUUGAUCAUUCGGCAUAUUCAUAAGGAUGGUCAUACCGGUGUUGCUACGACUACAGCAAAGGCCAGGAGAAAGUACUGGAUCUUGAAAGCACAUAAUCUGGCCAAGACGGUCAAGUUCAGGUGUACCACAUGCAGAACUUUUGAACACAAAUUAGAAUCCCAGGAGAUGGCGGAGCUACCGAAGGAAAGACUGCGGCCGCAUUCACCGCCAUUCCAUUAUUCAUCUUGCGAUUACUUUGGCCCUCUCAUUGUAAAGAUUGGACGGAACAAGACAACAAAACAUUAUGGAGUACUGUUCACUUGUUUGAACACAAGAGCAGUCCACCUGGAACAAGCCACUGAUUGCUCUACAAUGGAGUUUAUUCAGGUACUUAGACGGUUUUUUGCCAUUAGAGGUCAGCCAGCAAAGAUGAUAAGUGACAAUGGAACUCAAUUUGUCGGUGCUGAACACGAGUUGAAAGCAAUGGUGAAAGGCUGGUCAGAUGAGGACCUAAAAGACUUCUGUGCAGACAAGGGCACUGAAUGGAUCUUCACUACUCCUGCAGCUCCACACCAAAACGGAUGUGCUGAGGCAUUGGUGAAAAGUUGCAAGUAUGCCCUAAAGAAGUCUAUAGGAGAGCAAAUACUGUCUCCAUUUGAACUGCACACUUGUCUUCUGGAAAUUGCCAAUUUAGUGAACCAGAGGCCGAUUGGCAGAAUACCGACAGACCCCGAUGACGGGAGCUAUCUGAGUCCUAAUGACAUGCUCUUAGGACGAGCCUCAAGUGACGUUGCGCAAGGACCAUUCAGAGAAACUGCGAAUCCAAGACAUCGUGUCGAACUGGUACAACGGAUUGUUGACUCAUUCUGGCAUAGGUGGACAAGAGAUGUUCUACCACUACUAACACCCAGACGGAAAUGGAACACAGAUCGUCGGAACAUUCGCGUGGAUGACGUAGUAAUGAUGACAGAUUCAAACGCAGUGCGUGGAAAAUGGACAAUCGCGCGUGUUGUUCAAGUGUACCCAGGACAAGACGGUAAAAUUCGCAAUGUGAAGGUAAAAACAUUAAAUGCAGAAUACCGCCGACCAAUAACGAAGAUCGCACUAAUCUAUCCUGCGGAAGGUUAUGAAGACUAAACUCAAAAGAAGAGAAGAAUCAGAAGAUGAAAGGUGAAGAAAGAAGAUGAAGAAAAAGAAUAGUAAAGUUUAAUGUAAUGUAUGACUCAUGAGACUAACAAUAUCUAAUACAUCUCGAACUAAUCAUGACAAAAUCUAACAAAAUAAAGAGACUAACCAUAAUGUUAAAUACAACACUGAAUGUAACCAUGGUGACGAUAAUUGCAAUACAAGUUUGACUGAAUAAUAGAAAGUAGGCAUGUAACUUUGUAAUUUAAUAUUUACUAUGUAACUUUAAUUUAAUAUUGACUUUGGAAGUUAAGGACAGGUAAUAUGUGUUGUUAUGAGGAAACGAGACAUUCCUCAUAGGGCGGGGAGGAUGUUUCGCCCAGCGAAAAGAUUGUUUGAAUUUAUAUAUCAAUAUUGAAAGCGUUUAAUUAUUUGAAUUUAUUUCCCUUCAUUUAUUUAGGACACCGUAUAGAAUGACAUACGAUAUUUUUGUUAUGCAAAUUAUGUCCACUUAGUGGAGUUCGGUGCAUAGGUACGUUGACGUGUCACUCCAUUUUUGAAAGGUUCAGGAGUCAGACGCCAGUAUCGGCCUCCGCAGUUUGGGGGAAACUUUCUGUUGUUUAAUGUGAUUUAAACGUGGUUUUAUGUCCCGCCAGAAAAGAGUAAGUGUUUUUGAAUUCAUUAGAUCCUUUAUGUUUUCCAUAUAUGUCAGAUAAAAUAAAUAAAGUCAAUUUGUAGUGUCUCGAUUUGCCCGGUUUAGGAAUGAGAGCAGGGCGUGUAGGUUUUUGACCCGGUUUUUGGCCCGGUUCCCGGUUCUGGUUUCGGAUUUCCGGUUUUCAGUUUUUUGUCUAGAUUCAUUAUAAAUUAUGCCAAUUGAAAGAGUUGAUCCACGAAAGUGAAAAUUGUAUGUUUGUAUUAAGAACUUAUUUGCGAAAUUAAUAAAAAGGAAAAUAAUGAUAUAAUGAUUUUGAUAUAACAGAAGAAUAUUAUUCACAAAAACAGAUAAAAAUAAUAGAUACUAAAUCAAAACAAGUUUUGAUCUAAAAUCAAAACAUUUCAGAAUCAAGUGAAUGUUUAACUUCAUUGAUGUAUACUAAGAAAAGUAUUUGGUUAUUACUCUACAAGUGCGUAUCGUAAUUUAAUUGCUGGCAAAGGAAUUAUUUAAUGUAGUAUAGCCACUUGUUACUGUUUGUGAAAAGAAUUAGAAACAAAUGCAUAUAAGCCUUGACUAGUUAUGAUUUAAGUUGAAUUAUGUACUAGUAUAUGCAAGAUAAGUAAAGUUAUUUUAAAUCAACGUGUGCAUAGCUGAAAGAAAUUGACUAAGUUAAAGAAAGUUGUGAUUAUUCAAAGCUACAAGAAUUUUACAGAUAUUGCUUCUGUUCUUUCGACAUGUUUGAUCAAACAGACAGUAAAUUAUAAUAAUAAUUUCGAUAACAAUUCGGUUUGAUAAUCAUGAUUAUACUGUUUUAAGGGACAAUAGACAAUGAGUGUUCGUGUGUAAAAACAAUGAAAUAAUUACACGUGAAACAAGAUGCAGUGUGAUAAAACAAUCUUAUUUAUUAACAUGCUAUUAACUGAACAUCAGUUAUGUAAACAAAGACUUAUUAUUGUUUUAUAUAUUUUGUUCAAACAGAUCGAAUAAAAUAUACGUUUAACGACGUUAUAUAUCGGUA